AAAAAAGUUCUGAAAGCUCCCAAAACGAGAUUUGGUCUCAUUAUUCAUUGAAUAAAAAAAUGUUGUUAUACGGAAAACAAUCAAAUAAUUCCUCAUUUUUUACGUGGGUUCCCUUGUAUAGAUUAUUGUCGAUACUGUGACACGACUGGAUCUGAAGAUAAAACCCGAAUUUUCAUCUAUUUAUUUUCCUUAAAAAAAAAAGCUCAAAAAAUUCAUCAAUCUCUCUCUCUCUCCCAACUACUCAGCAAUUAAAUCGGUAGAGGCACCAAAAGCAUUUUUGCCUCUCUUCUCUUUGUCUUGAAUCUGUUAUUAUUUUCUCGGGAAAGUUUUUAGGUAAUCCGAAUCGAAACCAUGGAGGGAAUUGAUCACUUAGCCGAUGAGAGGAACAAGGCGGAGUUCGAUGUCGACGAGAUGAAGAUCGUUUGGGCUGGUUCUCGCCAAGCUUUCGAGGUUUCCGAUCGAAUCGCCCGCCUCGUCGCCUCCGAUCCGGUGUUCGAGAAAAGCGAUAGAGGUAGGUUGAGCAGGAAGGAGCUGUUCAAGAGCACGUUGAAGAAAUGUGCUCACGCUUGGAAGAGGAUCAUCGAGCUUCGUCUCACUGAGGAAGAAGCUGGAAGGUUGAGGUUCUUUGUUGACCAGCCUGCCUUUGUUGAUCUUCACUGGGGAAUGUUUGUGCCUGCUAUUAAGGGGCAGGGUACAGAGGAGCAGCAACAGAAGUGGUUGUCUUUGGCUAAUAAGAUGCAGAUUAUUGGGUGUUAUGCACAAACUGAGCUUGGUCAUGGCUCUAAUGUUCAAGGACUUGAGACUACCGCCACUUUUGAUCCCAAGACUGAUGAGUUUGUGAUUCACAGUCCAACUCAGACUUCUUCCAAAUGGUGGCCUGGUGGCUUGGGAAAAGUUUCUACACAUGCUGUUGUUUACGCUCGUCUCAUCACUGACGGCAAAGACUAUGGUGUUCAUGGGUUCAUUGUGCAACUUCGCAGCUUGGAAGAUCAUUCUCCUCUGCCCAAUAUAAUUGUUGGUGAUAUCGGGACGAAGAUGGGUAAUGGAGCAUAUAAUUCUAUGGACAACGGUUUUCUUAUGUUUGAUCAAGUUCGCAUUCCCAGAGAUCAAAUGCUCAUGAGGCUGGCUAAAGUUACAAAGGAAGGAAAAUAUGUUCCUUCGGAUGUUCCAAAGCAGCUAAUGUAUGGUACUAUGGUGUAUGUGAGACAAACAAUUGUGGCAGACGCUUCAAAUGCACUCUCUAGAGCAGUUUGCAUAGCUACAAGGUACAGCGCAGUGCGGAGGCAGUUUGGUGCCAAGAAUGGUGGCAGUGAGACACAGGUGAUUGAUUAUAAAACUCAGCAGAACAGGCUAUUUCCUCUACUAGCAUCUGCAUAUGCAUUUCGAUUUGUUGGGGAGUGGCUAAAAUGGCUGUACACGGAUGUAACUGCAAGACUGCAGGCCAGUGAUUUCGCUACAUUGCCUGAGGCUCAUGCAUGCACUGCAGGAUUGAAGUCUCUCACCACCACAGCCACGGCGGAUGGCAUUGAAGAAUGUCGUAAGUUAUGUGGUGGACAUGGAUACUUGUGGUGCAGUGGGCUCCCCGAGCUGUUUGCUGUAUAUGUUCCUGCCUGCACAUACGAAGGAGACAAUAUUGUGCUACAGUUACAGGUUGCUAGAUUUCUCAUGAAGACAGUGUCCCAGCUGGGAUCUGGGAAGGCUCCCGUUGGCACAACUGCUUACAUGGCUCGUGCUGAACAUCUUUUGCAAUGUCGCUCUGGUGUUCAAAAAGCUGCGGAUUGGUUAAACCCUGCUGCGGUACUGGAAGCUUUUGAAGCAAGGGCUCUGAGAAUGGCUGUUGCUUGUGCCAAAAACCUCAGCAAGUUUGAGAAUCAAGAACAAGGAUUCUCAGAGCUAUUGGCCGAGCUUGUUGAGGCCGCGGUCGCUCAUUGCCAAUUGAUUGUUGUUUCCAAGUUCAUAGCUAAGCUUGAACAAGACAUAGGAGGCAGAGGAGUGAAGGAACAGCUGAGCAAUUUGUGUUACAUUUACGCUCUCCAUAUCCUUCAUAAACACCUCGGAGAUUUCCUCUCCACUAACUCCAUCACUCCAAAACAAGCCUCUCUAGCCAAUGACCAGCUCCGUUCCUUAUACACUCUGGUCCGCCCCAAUGCGGUUGCGCUUGUGGACGCCUUCAACUACACUGACCAUUACUUGAACUCGGUGCUGGGGCGUUACGACGGUAAUGUAUACCCGAAGCUCUUUGAGGAAGCAUGGAAGGAUCCAUUGAACGACUCAGUGGUUCCUGAUGGGUACCAAGAAUACAUUCGUCCCUUGAUCAAGCAGCAGCUUCGUACCGCAAGGCUCUGAAGAGUUUGCUUUUUAUACACAUUCUUCUUCUCUUUCAAGUAUCACUGUCUUCAAUAAAUUCACCGGUUUAAAAACUGGCGAUUACCCUUAUUUAUGUUUAGCAAUGUAAUGUCUGACACACAAGGCGGAUGUUAGUACUAUUUUCAAAGUAUGAAUCAAACAUAAGUAUAUGUCUGGUUGCUAAAAGUCAUACCGCAAUUCGGGAAUCCAACGGUAGGUUUACUUUUCCGAUGAGUUGGAAUCUAGGGGAGGAUUUAGAUCAAUGAUGAGAGAAUAGUUACUUUGAUACAGAACGUCAUCUUCUCACAGAUACUGAGAAGUUUUUUUUGUUUUUUUUUUU